GAAUUCGAAGUACGUUCACUGCUGGUCCAGACGUUUGGCGGGAGAGACAUUUGGUUUUGUAUCGAUAGGCCUCAUGUAUUUUUGUAUGAGACCUAUUAUUAUCCAAUACCUUAAUGUACUGUCUUGGAAUGAAGCUUAUUAUAAAAUCAAUGGCACCUCCUUUUCAUGUACACGUGCAGCUGUAUUUUGAGUCCUAGUAACUAAUCACAGUUAAGCAAGAAGUAGGCCUACAAUGUACGUUGUGUACCAGAAUUUAGACUAACGACAGGAAGGAUGCGGUGACCAAGCCAUGUCUUCUGCCUUAACUGACCAAUCAGGAGGAACUACUGAUGGUGAUGGACCAUCAGGUACAUUUUUCAGAAGAUCUGACCCGUCACCAUCGGAAACAAGGCACCCAAGUACUGGCCCAUCCGACCAGGCAGGCAAUACCAGCCAUCCAGGCAGCGGGUCCCACUCAGACGACGAUGAAGACAGUGAAUCUUUGCUUCAAGAUCUCCCUCGAGUCAGGACUCUUGCUGACCAGUCAGGACACAGGCCAGACAGCACCAGUCAGUCAAGUCAUGGAGGAACACUGCCAACAUCAACGAGAUGGUCGGAGGCAGUCCUCCCCAACCAAUCCCAACCUGGACCCAGCCACACUGGGCCCAGCAGGACUCUUUCAGCAACUGAGGACAGCGAAGGGACCUCUGAGGUCAUCCAUGCUCCCCACCAACGCCGCCGAAUGAUUCUCAACUCUAUGGAUGAUGAGGAGGAUGGUCAUCAGUCAGUGACCAUUGAUCUAACUCAGCUAUUGCCCGGCCAAUCUAGUGCCUCUGUUGUUGUGACGAGCCAGUUGGAUGCAAAUCGUCCACGGAGAAGACUCGUUAUUCCUGCGGAGUAUGACGAAGACACGGAGAGCGAUGGUGACAGUGACUCCAUUGUCAUCGAAGUGAGCGACACAGAUGAGGUUAUGGAAGUUGACACUGACAGAAUUGAACCUCAGGGUCCUGGGUCUGAACCCUCAAGAACAACUCCUGCACUUGUGGCAGCUCAUAUUGAAGCCACACACAUUGAUACACCUGCAGGUUCCAUAUCCGAACCGGGACCUUCAAGACCAACUCCUGCACCUGAACAAUCACAGGCUGUCGCUGUGCCCGAUGGAUUUGUUCCUGUGGUACCUGCAGAGAGCGUGUCUGGGUCAGCUGCAAGGCUUGCACAAGUAGCACCUGUAGCUGGGCCUACACAGGUGGCACCUGCACCUUCACAUGCAACACCUGCUGCUGGGCCUCUACAUGUAGCACCUGCGACUGGGUCUUCACAGGUGGCCCUUGCAGCGCCACCAUCAUCCUCCAGAAUCCCUACACAAGGCACAGGAGGGGAUUUCAAGUCACCUAAGCGAGUUACCACAUCAAGUUGUGCUGUACCUGACGAAAGUGACGAUGAUUCACAGUCGUGCAUCAUCUGCUAUGAACCCUGGACUAAUUCUGGUGAGCAUCGGCUGGCAUCUCUGAGGUGUGGCCAUUUGUUUGGUCACUGCUGUAUUCUCAAAUGGCUUAAAGCGAACCAAAAGUGCCCACAGUGCAAUGCCAAAGCCAAAAAGACGGACAUAAGAAUCAUCUAUGCAAAGUCACUGCGGACUGUAGACACAUCAGAGAGGGACAGGGCUCUGGAGGAACUGAAGAAAGAGAAGGAGGUUAGGAGGAAAGUGGAGAUCGACAUGGCCCAGGCCAACUUGCAGCUCCGGAUGGCCAUGCAGGAGAUGAACCGCUUGAAAGCGCAGCUCAGCGCUCAAGAGGACCAGCUCCGAAGCACGAGCCUCUCCAAACAUCCAUCCACGGCUGGCCAACCAACGACGUCCACCAGCCAACAGAGUGAGGCUGCCAGUGGACCACAGGGACAGUAUGUCUUGGACAAGACCAUACAGAUAUCUCAGACGGGCAACUCGCGCGUGAUGGGGUUUGACCAGUUUCAGAGUGCGUUAGUGGUGUCGAUGCCCUCUCCCAACCAGCUCUUCCCUGGAUUUGGGGUGAAAAAGGUGAGCGCAGUUGAUAUGAGAUGUACCCAGUACGUACCCAUCCACACAGCCAUGAUCCGGGCGCUCAUCUUCAACGGACGAAACGACGGCCUGAUGCUCACUGCCUCAGUGGACAAGACCAUCAAGAUGACCAGCCUUAUCAGUAAUGCAGUGGUGCAGACGUAUAAGACAGAUGCUCCUGCGUGGAGUUGUGCGUGGAACUCGUCUGACGUCAACUAUAUCUAUGCUGGCCUGCAAAAUGGUGCCAUCCUGAUUUACGACACCAGACAAGUGAACCAAGAGGUGCACCGAUUGGCUCUGGACAACUCUAGAUGUCCCAUCGUGUCUCUGAAUUAUGUACCCAGGGCAGCUGAUCAGUCUCUUGGGUGUGGGGGACUUCUGAUGGCGUCCCUUGGAGGCAUGUCGUUCUGGGAGCAGACAUCCGACCUCGAUUUCAAGCCCCACCUCCUCCAAAUGGACGGGAAGUGCACCUCACUGAGCUUCCACAACAACAGCCGACACUGCCUGGCUUCCUUCCGUCCAAACCAGAAUUACAACAGUACCAGGCACGUGAUGUGCGAGUUGAAGAAUGAGAGGAACGCUGCCACUUCGUCUAAUGAAGUGGCCUGCUACCCUGUCCAGACCUUCUACGGUGGGCCCACCAUGAAGGUGCUGACUCGGUCCACGCUCUACCAAAGCCCGGACAAGCCCGAUCAGCUCUAUGCCUGCUCGGGGGAUGAAGCUUCAUCAUCGGCCCUGAUCUGGGACACAGCCAAUGGGAACCAAGUUCAGAAACUGACGGUGAAUGCGACAGUUCUGGACGUCUGCCCCUUCCAGUUCAACCAACACAGCUUCCUGGCUGCUUUGACAGAGAAACAAGUGAAGCUGUACAAGUGGCAGUCAAACAGAUGAGAAUGCUGAUAAGAACUGAAAUAUGUUGCCAGCUUUUAUUUAUUGAAGGGUGUCACAUGGCGACCACAUGGCCAUCCCAUGGUCAACACAUGACCCUUCCACAUUUUUCACAUGGCUACCACAUGGCAAUCCGGUAACUAUCACAAGGCCACUGUAUAGCCAUCCCAUGGCCAGGACAUGGCCCUUCUGGAUUUAUCACAUGGCCGCCACAUGGCAAUCCCAUAUCUAUCACGUGGCUACUGCAUGGCCAUCCCAUGGGAUGCAUGUGAUGAUUUUAUCAUCGCAACUUGCUGGUUAACAUGUACUUAUGCACUGUACAUCCGUCAGAUGGCAGUAAUGUUGUUUCCCUGGCCAUCCAUUGGUCAUUUUUUUGCCUCUUUGGAGUCACCAUAUGGCCAGCACGUGGCCUCGACAUGCCCACCACUUGAUCAACGCAUGUCCACCACAAGGCCAUCACACAGCCAGCACACGGCCACCGAAUUUGUUCCUUUCUGCCCUUUGCUUCUCAAGCUUCAUUUUCAAACUCCAUCGUUUCUGAUGCUGACAGAUGCUGCUUGGUCAGAGAUUCGACUAAACCCUCCAUCACUUACUUUACGCAUGCACUCACGGUGGCCGGUCACAAGUCACAUCGUGUCUAAACAUUACGCGCACGAGCAGCCAGGAAAAAGUAAAACCAAGGAUUUAUUGCUGUGUUUCAGUACUUUAAAGUCAAUAAAUUCAUCGUUUAUGCUUAUCACUUCUGUUUAUUCUUUUUGUACAAGUUCCUGUUUUAUUUGCCUGUAAGUUGCUAAUUUACACCUGUGAGUUCAAUGUCUGAAGUGUCCCGUAAUUUGGAACCAAAGACCCUCUCACGUUCCUGUCUGUGAUUUCCUAGCCCGUAAGAAGUUGUUUAUCUAUGUUGGCUUUGGUUUGGUUGUUUCUUUUCACUUGAUUCCCUUUACGCACGUUCUUUGAAUUUGUAAGUUAAAUGUUUUGUAUAAUUAAUGUCUUAAUCAUUGUCUCAGAAUUCAUGACAAAGUCCGUGUGUUUUAUUUGUGUACUUUGGUUUGUUCUUUGUACACUGCAGUUUUGUACUGAUUAAAAUUAAAACCAAAAUUUAUACAUUGUGUGUGAAAUUGUAUAUGCGUAUAUGUAUGUCUUUAUCAGGAAUAAAAGAAUGAUUUGUAAAAAAAAUGGAA